AUUCAGACAAAUUUUAGUUAUCGACUACAUCAUUUCACUUCGAAACCAGAAUAGUGCAUUAGCAGUUAAUGGACAUUAAAACCAAUUGAUUAAUGUAUGUAUGUUUAAUUGAAGGUUGUUUGUGGACUGAUUUUAAAGUUGAAUGUUUGUUGUCAUUUAGAAGUGGUACUACUAGAGAAUGUGGAGCUAAUACUUGAAGCAAUUGAUUAUCUCUAGCUUCCAUUUGCACUAAAGCAAGGUUCUGCUGGGGAUAUGGGUGCCGGAAAAUCCAUCCUCGUUUUGCCGGAAUGGUCCUGCUUGACAGUCUUCAUCUGCUUGAAAUUUGUUCUGCAGAAAUUGGUGGUAUUUCCUCUCAAAUUUCAGAAUUUGUGGCUUUUGAACAAUUAUAUGGGAACUGUUUGGAUAAGAUUGUUAGGCCUGAAAAAGGGAGUUCUGCCAAACAAGGUGAUACCAUUAAAAGUGGAACAAUUAUUAGAUUGCAGCACUUGGGAACAAGAAAAUGGCUUCACAGCCAUAUGCAUGCUUCCCCAAUUUCAAACAAUCUUGAGGUGAGUUGCUAUGGAGACGAUUCUGUAUCGGACAAAGGAGACAAUUGGAAGCUUCUAAUAGAAGGAAGUGGGAAGAAUUGGAAACAAGAUCAGAAGAUUCGGCUUCAACAUUUGAAAACUGGAGGCUAUCUACAUAGUCAUGAUAAGACAUACUCAUCAAGAAUUGUUGGGGGACACCAUGAGGAUGUUUGUUAUUAAUGUGAAUCACAUCCGAAAAAGGAGAAGAAGAGGAAGAAGAGAAAGAAGAGGAGCAGGAGAACCACGGCGGCAGAGGGAGGAUGGCGACGAGACAGCAGCAGCGCCGCCCACGAAUAGCGAGGCAGCAGCAACGCCGCCCGUGGAACGUGAGAUAGUUGCAGUGGCGCAUGGGGAACGCACACGACGGCAUCACUCGUGCGGCAGCAGCUGACAGCGGCAACCUGAAUGACGACGCUGAACGAGGCUGGUGGUCGACACAGCGACAGCGUCAAGAGCUCGACGACGACAAUGAUAACUGUUGAUGGAGAGAUCGAUGCUGGUAAAGAAGCUGGUGGAAUGCAAAACGGCAGUACUGAAAAGGGAUGGAAGAGAAGCUGGUGCGGCAGCGAGGUGGGGGCAGCAGUGUUCUUCUACAUCUAAACGACUAUCUCCGGCGACGACGGUGGGAUAUGGUUGUGGACCUGAGAGGGAUUGGCGCGGACGUUGGAAUUAUGGUUAUGGUGGGAUUUGGAAUAACCGUACGUAGUGUGAAUGUGUUUAAUUGCUAAUUCUAAUAUUUUAAAUUUUAAAAUUUGAUAAUAAUUAUUUAAUUAAUUAAAAAUUUAAAUUUUAAGUCAAUUUUUUUUUUAGACAGUUGUUUACAUUGUUCACUAUAUAUAUACUUUUCCUUAUAUUAUAGGCCUGGAACAUGUCCAAACCUCAUUUUAUAAUAAUG